UGCACAUCAAUGCUACAUAUCAGUGCCCAUCUGAGCUACCUUUCAGUGUCACCCAUCAGUGCCACCUAUCAAUGCCAGUCAGUCCUGCCUAUCAGUGCCGCCUAUAUGGCCUGCAUUACAGUGCCAGUCAGUUCCAUCUAACAGUGCCAGUCAGUGCCGCCUAUCAGUGCCAUGUAUGAGUGCUGCCUUUCAGUGCCCAUCAGUGAUGCCAGUCAAUGCCCAUCAGUGCCACCUACCAGUGCCUCCUCAUCAGUGCCACCUAUCAGUGUCCAUCAGUG